AUGCUUACUUAUGAAAAUAUAACUAUUGGUCAACGUGUUGAAGUAUUACAAAAUAAUCAAAUCGUGUAUGGAACAGUUCUUUAUAAAGGUCCAAUUAUGGGUCGACCUGGAGUCUGGCUUGGUAUUGAUUUAGCUACUCCACAUGGUGAUAACGAUGGAAGUUUGAAAGGACGUGUUUAUUUUCGAGCUCCACUUAAUUUUGGAAUUUUUACUACAAUUGAAAAUGUACGUUUAGCAUCAAAUCUUAGACGAAGACCAAGAUCAGCUUAUCGAACUGUGAAUAAAAAAAGUAUUGUUGAAGAAGAAUUAUUUGGCAAUACAGAUCCACUUACAUUACCUGUUCCAUCGAGUAAUGCCACUAUUUCUAAUUCCAAAGUAACAUCAUCAUUAAAAAAUCCACAUGAACGUCCAAAAACAGUUGGUAUUUUUGAAAAUGAAAAACGAUAUUCACGUCCACAAACAUUAAUUAAUCGAUAUGAUAGAAUAAAAAAUCUUCGUAAUAGUGAAAG